CCUUCUUCAACGAAUUGCAUGUUUAUUUUUUUUCAAACAACUUUUGCAGUCCACACAACUCCAGCGAGGUUGGAUCGUCCAUUCUCUUACCUUUUGACUAGGAUCUAUGAUUUAACAUGGAUCUCAUAAAAAUAUUAGAGAAGACCGUGUCACCCGAUACAAAUGAAUUGGAAAGUGCCCAACAAUUUUUAGAAACUGCUGCUGCACAAAACCUUCCUGAAUUGCUCAAGCAGCUGAGUGACAUCCUCAAGCAUGGAGGAAACAGCCCAGUGGCCCGGAUGCAGGCUGGCUUGCAGCUGAAGAACACUCUGUACUCAAAGGAUCAAACCAUUAAAGCUCAGUACCAGCAACGCUGGCUUUCCUUCCCUGAGGAUGUUCGGAAUCAUGUCAAGCAAAAUGUUCUGGCUACUUUGGGCACAGAGACAGUUCGGCCCAGUUCUGCUGCUCAGUGUGUGGCUUACAUAGCAUGUGCAGAACUGCCACACAAGUUGUGGCCAGACCUUAUCGUCAACUGUACCCGCAAUGUGAUCAACCCCGCCAGCACAGAAAUGAUGAAGGAGUCUACCCUCGAGGCGGUUGGCUACAUCUGUCAAGAUAUUGACCCAGAGAUUUUACAGCCACAGUCCAAUGAUAUUCUCACUGCAAUAGUCCAUGCCAUGAAAAAGGAAGAACCCAGUAACCAUGUGAGAUUAGCAGCCACUAAUGCUCUUCUCAAUUCUUUAGAAUUCACAAAAGACAACUUUGAAAAAGAGACAGAACGCCAUCUCAUUAUGCAAGUGGUGUGUGAAGCCACCCAGUCAACAGAUGUGCGGGUUCGAGUGGCAGCGAUGCAGUGCUUGGUGAAGAUCAUGUCUCUGUUUUAUAUUUACAUGACCCACUAUAUGGGGCCAGCACUUUUUGCCAUCACAAUUGAUGCCAUGGAACAUGAGAAUGACGAGAUUGCAUUGCAGGGAAUUGAAUUUUGGUCCACAGUCUGUGAUGAGGAGGUUGAUUUAGCGAUAGAGCUGUCUGAAGCAGCUGAGCAAGGGCGACCACCUGAGCGCACAAGCAUGUUCUAUGCCAAGGGUGCCCUGCAGUAUCUUGUCCCCAUUCUGCUGGUUUCACUGACCAAACAGGAAGAGUUUGAUGAUGAUGACGAGUGGAACCCGUGCAAAGCAGCGGGUGUAUGUCUGAUGCUCCUGGCUACCUGUUGUGAGGAUGACGUGGUACAGCAUGUGCUGCCAUUUGUGAGGGACAACAUCCGCCAUGAGGACUGGCGGUAUCGGGACGCUGCCGUCAUGGCAUUUGGUUCCGUCUUGGAAGGUCCAGAUCCCGAGAAGAUGAAACCGAUAGUCGAACAGGCGAUGCCAAUGCUGAUAGAGCUGCUGAAGGACCCCAGUGUGGUGGUGCGUGACACUGCUGCUUGGACUGUGGGUCGUGUGUGCGAGAUCCUGCCCAACUCUGUGCUCCACGAGGCCUGCUUGCACCCACUGCUCAAUGCUUUAGUAGAAGGACUAGUGGCCGAGCCGAGGGUAGCAAGCAAUGUCUGUUGGGCAUUUUCUAGCUUGGCGGAGGCGGCCUACGACAAUGCUGAGCAGCCUGACGAUGGUUCUGAACCAGAGACCUACUGUCUUUCCAAUUACUUUGAGACCAUUGUGGAGAGAUUGUUGCAGACAGCUGAGAGAACUGAUGGUAACCAGCAUAAUUUACGCAAUGCAGCAUACGAGGCCCUCAUGGAACUUGUGAAGAACAGUCCAAAGAAUUGCUAUGUGAUUGUACAGAAGACAACAAUGACCAUCCUUGAAAGACUUGAACGAGUCCUAUCCAUGGAGAGUGCCAUCCAGUCCACUAAUGACAGAGUCCAGUAUAAUGACUUACAAUCCCUGUUGUGCGCUACACUGCAGUCUGUGUUGCGUAAAGUGACACCUGAGGAUGCUCCCAAGAUCUCUGACCAGAUAAUGACAGCCUUGCUGCGCAUGUUCCAGUCCACCACAGGAAAGGCUGGUGGAGUGCAAGAAGAUGCUCUGCUGGCUAUGUCCACACUCAUUGAAGUGUUGGGAGACAAGUUCCAAAAGUACAUGGAUGCUUUCAAACCAUACCUUCUGCUGGGCCUUAAAAAUUUUGCUGAGUAUCAGGUCUGUCUGGCUGCAGUAGGUAUCGUGGGUGACCUGUGCCGUGCUUUGGGACAAAACGUUCGUCCUCACUGUGAUGAGCUGAUGAUGAUGCUUUUAGAGAACCUUGGGAAUGACAGCGUCCACCGCUCUGUGAAGCCUCAAAUCCUAUCUGUCUUUGGAGACAUUGCACUGGCCAUUGGCAUGAACUUCAAGCAUUAUCUUGAUGUGGUCAUGACCACGUUGCAGCAGGCGUCUCAGGCUCAGGUUGACAAGACCGACUAUGAUAUGAUUGAUUACCUCAAUGAGCUGCGGGAGGGCUGUUUGGAAGCCUAUACAGGCAUAGUGCAGGGUGAAGGGAGAUGUGACACGCCCAGCUCGGAUGUGGUGCUGAUCCAGCCCCAUGUGAACCACAUUGUGUCUUUCAUUGAGCACAUUUCUGUGGACGACGACAAGAGCGACAGCAAUGUGGCAGCCUGUUGUGGACUCAUUGGUGACUUAUGCUCAGCAUUUAGCCACCAGAUGCUCCCAAUGGUGGACAGAGAUACAAUCACUAACCUGCUCACCCAGGGCCGCCGAAGCAAGAUGCAGAAGGCAAAGACCUUGGCCACCUGGGCCACCAAAGAGAUUCGCAGGCUCAAGAAUGCCACUUCUUCGUGAUGCCUAGGCUUCCAUGGCCAAUGACCGACUGGGACCGGACUGCAGACACCCUCCAGACUUUUCCAGCUGCUGCCAGCGUCUUGCAGUGACUGACACUUGGGGAUGACAGACCCUUCAACUCUUACCCCUGCCCACCCCG